CCGCGCCACUUCCUUUCUUGUCGGUUGUUUGGUGGUCCAAAAUGUCGCUGCUAGAGGGUCCGUUAAACGUGUUCGGCCAGAGAACGAGUGGCGAAUCCGUUCGCACUCAAAAUGUCAUGGCCGCAUCAUCCAUCGCUAACAUCGUCAAGAGCUCCCUCGGACCCGUUGGCCUCGACAAGAUGCUGGUGGACGACAUUGGGGAUGUGACCAUCACCAACGAUGGAGCAACCAUCCUCAAGCUGCUGGAGGUGGAGCACCCAGCUGCUAAGGUCCUGUGUGAACUGGCUGACCUGCAGGACAAGGAGGUCGGAGAUGGGACCACAUCUGUGGUGAUUCUCGCUGCAGAGUUGCUAAAGAGUGCAGAUGAGCUGGUAAAGCAGAAGAUUCACCCCACGUCAGUCAUCAGUGGAUAUCGUCUGGCUUGCAAGGAGGCAGUGCGCUACAUUAAUGAGAACCUUACUAUUGGAACAGAUGACCUUGGCAGAGAGUGUCUAAUCAAUGCAGCCAAGACCUCCAUGUCCUCUAAAAUCAUUGGAGUUGAUGCAGACUUCUUUGCUGACAUGGUGGUGGAUGCUGCACUGGCUGUGAAGUUUGUGGACAGUAAAGGAGUUGCCAAAUACCCCAUCAACUCUGUCAACGUGCUGAAAGCCCAUGGCCGCAGCCAAAUGGAGAGCUUCCUGGUUAAUGGAUAUGCAGUGAAUUGCACUGUUGGCUCACAAGGUAUGACAAAGCGGGUUAGUAACGCCAAGAUCGCUUGCCUGGACUUCAGCCUGCAGAAGACCAAAAUGAAGAUGGGAGUCCAAGUCCUUAUCAAUGACCCAGAGAAGCUGGACCAGAUCAGACAAAGGGAAUCUGAUAUCACGAAGGAGAGGAUCCAGAAGAUUUUGGCUGCAGGUGCCAAUGUCAUCCUGACCACCGGUGGCAUCGACGACAUGUGUCUGAAGUACUUUGUCGACGUAGGAGCAAUGGCAGUGAGGAGGGUCCUGAAGAGGGACCUCAAACGCAUCGCAAAGGCUACAGGAGCCACCCUCUGCCCGUCUCUGACCAACCUGGAGGGAGAAGAGACGUUCGAGGCCACUAUGCUCGGCCAGGCUGAGGAAGUUGUUCAGGAGCGAGUUUGUGAUGAUGAGCUCAUCCUUGUCAAGAAUACCAAAGCACGCUCAUCAGCUUCUAUUAUUCUGCGAGGAGCCAACGACUUCAUGUGCGACGAGAUGGAGCGUUCACUGCAUGAUGCUCUCUGUGUAGUCAAGAGGGUUCUGGAGUCCAAGUCUGUAGUACCAGGGGGUGGCGCUGUUGAGGCAGCUCUGUCCAUCUACCUGGAGAACUAUGCUACUAGCAUGGGUUCCCGAGAGCAGUUGGCCAUUGCUGAGUUUGCGCGGUCUCUCCUCGUCAUCCCCAAGACGCUGGCUGUGAACGCAGCUCAGGACUCCACUGACUUGGUGGCCAAGCUUCGCGCCUUCCACAAUGAGGCUCAGGUCAAUCCUGAACGCAAGAAUCUUAAGUGGAUUGGUCUGGACCUUGUCAACGGCAAGCCCAGAGACAACCGUCAGGCCGGCGUCUAUGAGCCAACCAUGGUCAAGACGAAGAGCCUCAAGUUUGCCACCGAGGCCGCCAUCACCAUCCUCCGUAUUGAUGAUCUCAUCAAACUGUUCCCAGAGCCGAAGGAGGGCGGGCAGUCGUACAGAGAUGCUGUGCAAUCAGGAAGCCUGGAGGGUUGAGGGCUUCCGAUUUGUUCCUGAUUAGUUUCAACGUCUGUAUUUAUGCAUAAGGAGCUCUUCAUGGCUGUCGCUCUAGUGUAGACUCUGCACUUUGCCUGUUUACUUUUCUCCCACUCCUUUGGGCACCAUGUCUCCCAAGGAACUGUCAAGUGAUAUGUUUUUUUGGACACUUAAUAAAAAGCUUCAAUGGUUGUAAAUGACCACUGAUUUGUUAAUUCAAAA